UCAUCGAUUUCUCUCUCUCUCUCCCGGCCUCCAUCCGCAGUCCGGACUCCGGUGGAGCCCGGCGGAGCGGACCUGGCGGGGAACUCUGCAUCCACGGCCGGAGCCCCAGACCCCGCCGCCGCCACCGCCGCCGCCGCUGUCCAUCAUCCCUGGUACCGGCAAUGGCCUUUGUAUCGCCCGACGCACUUGUGACUGACUUGGAUACGGAAUAUUAAGAACUCACUCGCAUCCGUCCCCAUCCCACUCGGGCCGGGAGUAACCACCUCGGCUCAUUUGGGCUUAACUGCUGCUUCUCGACUCUCUUCGACUUUGGGGGCACCAUGGACCAAAGUGGGAUGGAGAUUCCUGUGACCCUCAUCAUUAAAGCACCGAAUCAGAAAUACAGUGACCAGACUAUUAGCUGCUUCUUGAACUGGACCGUGGGGAAACUAAAAAUGCAUCUGUCUAACGUGUACCCUAGCAAACCAUUGACGAAGGAUCAGAGAUUGGUGUAUUCGGGCAGACUGCUUCCCGAUCAUCUGCAGCUGAAAGACAUUCUCAGAAAACAAGAUGAGUAUCAUAUGGUUCAUCUAGUAUGUACUUCUCGGACUCCUCCCAGUUCUCCAGAAUCCAGCAGCGGUAGAGAUGGUCAUGAAGCAUUGGCAUCCAGCAGCAAUUCUAGUUCAGAUCAGUCAGGAUCAACAACUCCAUCACCCAGUCAAGAAACCUUACCAUUAGCUACCAGUUCUUCCUCAGAAGGACUGAGGCAACGCACCCUUCCACAGGCACAAACUGACCCAGCACAGAGUCAUCGGUUCCCAUAUGUAAUGCAAGGAAAUGUAGACAACCAGCUUCCCGGGCACGCCGUCGCGGCCGCGUUCCCGGCGUACCCCGCGCUCAGCCCGCUGCAGAUGCUGUGGUGGCAGCAGAUGUAUGCGCACCAGUACUACAUGCAAUAUCAAGCUGCAGUUUCAGCUCAGGCCACAUCAAAUGCCAGCCCAGCUCAGCCCGCUUCUUCACAGCCCCUAAAUGUGGCACAUGUUCCUGGGGAAGAGCCCCCACCGGCUCCGAACCUGGUGGCCCAAGAAAAUCGACCGAUGAAUGAGAAUGUGCAGAUGAACGCGCAGGGAGGCCCAGUGCUGAAUGAGGAGGACCUCCAUCGCGACUGGCUGGACUGGGUGUACACGUUCUCGCGAGCCGCCAUUCUCCUCAGCAUCGUCUACUUCUAUUCUUCUUUCAGUCGGUUUAUCAUGGUCAUGGGAGCCAUGCUGCUGGUUUAUCUACACCAAGCAGGAUGGUUUCCUUUUAGGCAAGAAGCAGGUCAGCAGCAGGCUCCCAACAAUAACGCCGAAGUCAAUGAAGGGCAGAAUGCAAACAACCUAGAACUUGAAGAGAUGGAGCGCCUUAUGGAUGAUGGGCUUGAAGAUGAGAGUGGAGAAGAUGCAGGCGAAGAUGCCAGUGCAAUUCAAAGGCCUGGAUUAAUGGCGUCAGCUUGGUCUUUUGUCACCACCUUCUUUACUUCAUUAAUACCAGAGGGGCCUCCCCAGGUUGCCAAUUAGACAUGAAAAAAAACUGUGCCAGCUGCAAAGGAGGGUCAGGUUUUAGGAAAGUGUUUUAAAUAACAGUGCAAUUUCAAAAAAAUUUAUUACUUUCUUUCAUCAUGUACAGAGGUUUUUUUUUUUUUCCUCUUCGCUUUUCAUGCAUAUGAAUAUUUUAAGCACAAAUGGAUUACUAAAUGUGUGUUUUUUUUUGAGAUCCUAACAGAUUAUAGUAUAACAAUAUUGGUCUUGCAGGUUUUAUUAAUUUCAAUUAUGCAUAUUACACCAGACCUAUUUGUGCAUCUCAUUUCUUUAAAGAGCUGCUUCACACAUAAUUGUCUAUAACUAAUAGCCCAGCCCUUCAGUGUGUAGUUUGAAUACAUAUAUCUAUUUUCUGUGAAUUAUCCUGAAAGUUUUAAACAGAAUGACCUCAUAGUUUUUAUUAAAGAUUAUUAUUUACCUAAAAUGUACUAGUAGUAUCUUGCCCAACCAUAAAGCAAUAAACUUCUCAAUAAUCUUGGUUUUGAAAUUUGAAUAAAUAAUGAAAACUUUCUAUUUUAAGGGCAUGUAUCCCAUCAAUUGGAAUUAGUACCUUAAAAAACGGCAGCUCUUCAAUGGAAUUAACAGCGAUAUAAAAUGUUUGAUAUAGGCAGUACUUUUAUAAAAUAAGAUAUACUGGAAAUCAUCCCCUGUAAUUUUUUAAAAUAAAAGGUCAAUUAUGGUAAA